GAGUUUAAGCGGCUGCCCGAAAGGUUGGGAAAUCGGAAUAUCCAUAACAUGUAUCGAGCGGUUAAGGCUUUAUGGCGCCAAACAAAAUUACGCACUACCUAACAAGUUCCAAUGCUUCGAACAAGAUAUAUAACAUCUUACAUUCAAGAAAUAUUGAUCAGUCAAAUAGGAUUUGUGACAUUCCCUUCAAAUUCACGGACUAUUGCAACUUCCAGCUGUAAUGUUCGUCUUCAAGAAGCUUUACUACAAAUGGCCCUUCUUGGCCAUCAAAUCAAGUUCGAAGGUUACCACGCCCUCUUGAAUGAGUGUGUGAACCAAAGGGCCUUUAGAGAAGGACAGAGAGUGCAUGCCCACAUGAUCAAAACUGAUUAUUUCCCAUCUGUAUACCUCAGAACAAGGCUGAUCGUCUUCUAUGCAAAGUGUGAGUCAUUGGGUGAUGCGCGGCGAGUGCUCGAUGAAAUGCCUGAACGAAAUGUGGUGUCGUGGACGGCCAUGAUUUCUGCUUAUUCUCAGAAGGGUUAUGCUUCCGAGGCUCUCACUCUCUUUCUAUACAUGUUUAGAUCAGGAACAAAACCUAAUGAGUUCACUUUUGCAACUGUACUUACUUCAUGCACAGGUUCUUCUGGUUUUGUCUUGGGAAGGCAAAUCCAUUCACUUAUCAUUAAAUCAGAUUAUGAAUCUCAUGUCUAUGUUGGAAGCUCACUUCUUGACAUGUAUGCCAAAGCUGGAAAAAUUCAUGAAGCUCAUAAUGUAUUCAAAUGCAUGCCAGAAAGGGAUGUAGUUUCUUGUACUGCUAUAAUCUCUGGGUAUGCUCAACUGGGUUUUGAUGAAGAGGCGUUGGGACUAUUUCGCCAGCUUCAAAGGGAAGGAAUGCAAUCAAAUUAUGUUACUUAUGCAAGUAUUUUAACUGCGCUGUCUGGGCUUGCAGCUCUAGAUCAUGGUAAACAAGUGCAUAAUCAUGUUCUUCGUUCUGAAAUCCCCUCAUUUGUUGUCCUUCAAAACUCUUUGAUUGACAUGUACUCAAAAUGUGGAAACCUCACCUAUUCAAGGAGGAUCUUCGAUACCAUGUCAGAGAGAACUGUUAUAUCUUGGAAUGCAAUGAUUGUGGGGUAUAGCAAACAUGGAAUGGGCAGAGAAGUGCUUGAUCUUUUCACUUUAAUGGGAGAAGAAAAUAAAGUCAAGCCUGACAGUGUCACAAUUCUGGCUGUGUUAUCUGGUUGCAGUCAUGGAGGACUGGAAGAUAGGGGGCUGGAUAUCUUCAAUGAUAUGGCCAAUGGUAAACUUGGAGUUGAGCCAGAGAUUGAGCAUUAUGGUUGUGUUGUUGACUCUGGUCGUGCUGGUCGAGUGGAAGAGGCUUUCAAAUUCAUCAAUGAAAUGCCCUUUGAGCCAACAGCUGCUAUAUGGGGUUCCCUUUUAGGUGCCUGUAGGGUUCAUUCGAAUGUUGACAUAGGUGAACUUGUGGGCCGUCGACUUCUAGAAGUUGAACCUGGCAAUGCUGGGAAUUAUGUUAUUCUGUCUAAUCUAUAUGCUUCAGUAGGAAGAUGGGAAGACGUAAGAUCAUUGAGAGAUCUGAUGUUGAAGAAGGCUGUAAUCAAGGAGCCUGGAAGGAGCUGGAUUGAGCUUGAUCAAAUACUCCAUGCUUUUCAUGCAAGUGAUCGUUGCCAUCCAAGAAGAGAGGAGAUAUUUGCAAAGGUGAAGGAGUUAUCAAUCAAGUUCAAAGAAGUUGGUUAUGUUCCUGAUUUGAGUUGUGUCCUAUAUGAUGUGGAUGACGAGCAGAAGGAGAAGAUACUUCAAGGCCAUAGUGAAAAAUUGGCUUUGAGCUUUGGCUUAAUUGCCACCCCAGGAGGAGCACCAAUCCGCAUUAUAAAAAAUCUCCGAAUUUGUGUUGAUUGCCAUAAUUUUGCCAAAUUGAUCUCAAAGAUUUAUGAAAGAGAAGUGUCUUUAAGGGAUAAAAAUCGUUUUCAUCGAAUCAUGGAGGGAUGUACUUGUGGCGAUUAUUGGUAAGAAGAUCUUGGACAGUCAUAAUUGUCAGGAGAAAUCUUCUCCCCAAAGUUGCAAUAGCGGUCGCUAAAAAUGAUGAUUGAGUAAUGAAAAGAAUUCCCACCAAGAAUUGGGAAACGAAGGACUGGAACCGAUUAUUGAUCGACCUGGGAGGAUCUAGCAGUGACUGCAAACAUGAAAUUUUUUGGGGGAAUCUGCUUGCACAUUUGCCUCAGAUAAUUUAUUUUUGGAGACUAUUUUAGAAAGGAUUACGGGGAGAACUGUAGAUGUAGGAGCAAGUGGUGGGUGGAUGAAAGCUGGGAUACACUUCUGGAAUGAAAUGUGGUUUCACGACACCUGCAAUACGUUCUUGUCUUGAGUCCGUAUUAUGUUAUUUAGUAGGUCAAGUCAAGAAUAUGAAUGCUUCAGAAGAAGAACCCAAUAGGUAUAUUGAAGUGAGAUUUAAGUUCGUCAGGUCCUAAAUGAUUAGCCAUUCGAGUUUUUAGACGAAAGGUUUAAAAUUUUUUAUGGUUUAUUCCUCAAAGAUCUUGGAGACAGCUAUUUGUCACAUCGUU